UGGUGGUGAAGGCGACGCGUCCUAGCCGGACCGAGUCUCCUGCCGCCCAGAGCUGGCCUGGAAUGGGUAAUGGUGUGAAGGAGAGUACGGCGCGUGUGCGUGAGGAUGCCGAGGCCAUCCUGCCCUCACCCGUCAAUUCCAAGAGUGAUCACAGGCAAGUUCUCAGCUCCCUCCUGUCUGGGGCCCUGGCCGGUGCUCUUGCUAAGACGGCGGUAGCUCCCCUGGACCGAACCAAAAUCAUCUUCCAAGUGUCUUCAAAAAGAUUUUCUGCCAAGGAGGCCUUUAGGCUCCUCUACUUCACCUACCUCAACGAGGGCUUCUUCAGCCUGUGGCGCGGGAACUCGGCCACCAUGGUGCGCGUGGUGCCCUACGCCGCCAUCCAGUUCAGCGCCCACGAGGAGUACAAGCGCAUCCUAGGCCGCUACUACGGCUUCCGCGGAGAAGCCCUGCCGCCUGGGCCCCGCCUCCUUGCGGGCGCACUGGCUGGAACGACCGCUGCUUCUCUGACCUACCCCCUGGACCUGGUCCGAGCCAGGAUGGCCGUGACCCCAAAAGAAAUGUACAGCAACAUCUUUCACGUCUUCAUCCGCAUCUCCCGAGAAGAGGGCCUGAAGACCCUCUACCACGGAUUCACGCCCACCGUGCUGGGGGUCAUUCCCUACGCGGGGCUGAGCUUCUUCACCUAUGAGACGCUCAAGAGCCUGCACAGAGAGUACAGCGGCCGCCCACAGCCCUACCCCUUCGAGCGCAUGAUAUUUGGGGCCUGUGCCGGCCUCAUCGGGCAGUCAGCCUCGUACCCGCUGGACGUGGUGCGGCGGCGCAUGCAGACGGCUGGGGUCAUGGGUCACCCGCAUGCCUCCAUCAUGCACACGCUGCGUGCCAUUGUGCGGGAGGAGGGCGCUGUGCGUGGCCUCUACAAGGGCCUGAGCAUGAACUGGCUCAAGGGCCCCAUCGCCGUGGGCAUCAGCUUCACCACCUUCGACCUCAUGCAGAUCCUGCUGCGGCACCUGCAGAGCUAGAGACCCUGCGGGCCGGCAGCUCUCGAGACAGGGAACCGAGUGUCCACGUGCGGCCGGUGGACCACUGACCCCUUUUGUUUUCUGAGCCUGUGGAGUGACGGCGUAAUCGGUUCCACCCUGGGAACCGCGUCGUCGGAGCAACUCGUAGAAUAAGCUGGGGAGCCUGGCCUCGGUCCCCAAAGCCAGCGGCCCUUGAAGUGCAAUGUUGGGACUGGUGGGCGGGGCUCUCGCACUCUCCCCAGCCCUCCUCCCCAGGGCUGGCCCUGCCUCCUGGAGGGCUUGCCCCAAAUGCCCUGAGCUGGA